UUCGUGCAUUUGACUUGAUUCGAUUAAUUUAAAUAUUAUUUUGUUAUCUCGGGUUUUUUAUUCGUAUCCUCUUUAUUAUUGCAAAAAUGAAACUCCUCUUAGCUGUGGUCGGUUUGGCAUUGGUCGGUAUCGCAACUGCCAAGGAUGUCGAAGUGAUUUCGAAUGAGGCCAUUGUGGAACAUGAUGGCAAAUAUCAUUACCACUACGAGUUGGGAGAUGGUUCGAAGGCAACACAAGAUGGCAUUUUGAAACACGUCGAUGACAGCCACGAGGGUGAAGCAAUCCAGGGAAGAUUUGCAUUCGUUUCCGAUGAUGGUGAGGAAUAUUCCAUUUCCUACACCGCCGAUGAGAAUGGCUAUCGCCCCGUUGGCGCUCACUUACCCACACCACCACCAAUUCCAGAAUCAGUAUUGAAAACCUUAAAAUAUUUGGAAGAACAUCCCUAUAAUCCAGAAAAUGAUCAAAAGAAACAUCGUUAAACACCGGAUCCAAUGAAACCCGAAAUGUAUUUUUUAGUCAAUAACAAAAACAAAAAAAAAAGGAAAUGUGAUCUAAA